CCUGCGGGACAAGGUGGGGCUGCAGCAGACAGGCAGCGAAGAUGAGCAGCGGCGACAAGGAGCGGACCCCCCAGCUGCUCUUCGUGAAAGCCUUGGCCAGCAGGGGGCGCCUCGAGGCCGUGGCCCAGCAGAUGGGCUACCACCCCCAGUACCUGGAGAGCUUCCUUCGGAUGCAGCAUUACCUGCUGCACAUGGACGGUCCCUUGCCCUUUGACUGCCGCCACUACAUCGCGAUCAUGGCCGCGGCCCGGCACCGGUGUCAGUACCUGGUGAACCUCCACCUGCUGCAGUUCCUGCGAGUGGGCGGUGACCCCCAUUGGCUCCGAGGGCUGGAUUACAUCCCCCCCAAACUCCGGAAGCUCAGUGAGAUCAACAAGAUCCUGGCACACCGGCCGUGGCUCAUUGGGAAGGAGCACAUUGAGAAGCUGCUGAAGAUCAGCGAGCAGAGCUGGUCGCUGGCGGAGCUGGUCCACGCCGUCGUGCUGCUGGCCCACUACCACGCGCUGGCCAGCUUUGCUUUUGGCUGUGGCUGCGAGCCAGAGGCCUGUCCCGAGGGGCGGGGCGUGCUGAGGCGGACCCUCCCGGGCAGCCUGUGCUUCUGCGAGGUCGGCCACAGCGGCGGCCAGGAGCUGCUGCACCUCAACCGCAAGCGGUCCUUGGAUUCCUGUGUGGAGCUGGAGUGCCUCCGGGAGCGCUUCCACCGGCUGCAGGUGGAGAACGAGGCCCGGGAAGAGCUGCGCCUGCCCGACCGGGAGGAAGGUCUUGGCGGCGAACUCUGCGGGGCCGUGGACCUCUCGUGCUACGUGCAGGACCCCGGCUUCGGCUACCAGGAGUUUGCCCAGUGCGGUGGCGACCAGCUGCAGACCUUCCGUGCGCAGGACUAUUCCUGGGAAGACCACGGCUUCUCGCUGGUGAACAGGUUGUACUCGGACAUCGGGCAUCUGCUGGACGAGAAGUUCCGGAAGGUGGAUGCCCUCCAGAGCUGCUCGAUGGCCAAGCGGCAGGGCUGCGAACACGCCACCUUCAAGCGCGGCAUCUGGAAUUACAUCCACUGCAUGUUCGGCAUCAGGUACGACGAUUACGACUAUGCGGAGGUGAACCACUUCCUGGAGCGGAUACUCAAACUCUACAUAAAAACUGUGACCUGCUCCCCGGAAAAGAUGAAUCCAGAGAUGUUUGAGCGGUUCUGGAAGCAGUUCAAGCACAGUGAAAAGGUCCACGUGAACCUCCUCGUCCUGGAGGCUCGGCUGCAAGCAGAGCUGCUGUACGCACUCCGUGCCAUCACUCACUACAUGGUCUCCUAGUGGCCGCCAGUCCCCCCCCCGCCCCCCGGACUAGGAUGGCACUUGCCCACCAAGUUUACUUGACCGCUUUCCCUUCUGCUCCGAGAAGCAAGGAGAGAGAGAGAUCCUUCCCACGGUCUCCGUCGUCACGUGCAAUCGCUGAACGCCUGCGGCUGGGUGCUGCUUCUGCCGCUCCUGCGGGCCAGUGUGCCUGCCCAGGGGGCCAUGUGCAUCCAGGAGGGGACGCGCCGUGCUCCUCGGUCAGCCCGCAAAGUCUCCGUGGCCAUGCAGCAUCUGUCAUGCACUCGCGCCCCCCCCUCAGGCGGGCUUUCCUGCUCGCAGUGCGGGCGCUUCCACCCGACUCGUCGGAAGAUGUGCCUUGGCUUCAGGGAGACGACACCGCUCCUUCCUG